CUGUUUCUCUCUCUCUCUCUGGGUCACGUGUUUCCUCUGUGCGUAUCGAUCCUGCGAUUUAAAAACCACUAAACUCCAAUAAAAACCCGAUAUAUAUCGAUUACUUUCACUGGAAUGAUUUAUCAAUUGAAAUUGAAUUGGAGUAACGGACAGACGCCGGUGGGCGGGCACACGGGGAGAACAGGGGAGCUGUGAUUUGCUGACGGUGCCGCGGAGGCGGGAAGGUUGUGGGAGAAGAUGGGCGUUGAUUGGUUGAGGGCGGGAACGUCGCGCGCAUGAUCAGCCGGUUAAUAAGACACCGGUUUGGAAGCGGAGUGGUGGAGAGAUGCGGUCGCACUGAGGAGAGAACCGGACAGAUCAACGUACACGCAGAAAGUGUCUCCGCUCGGUCGGUUAGAAACGUUAAACCGGACGAUGGUUCAGCACGCGCAGCAUGACGGGGCGGGGAUCAACACCGGGUCCCGCGAGGCGACCGACCCGGAGGACAGCGAGCUGCUGGCGGCCUCGGCGUGCAGCCCCGUGCCGCUGAAGCCGGACUGGUGUAAGACGGCGUCGGGUCACAUUAAACGGCCCAUGAACGCCUUCAUGGUCUGGUCCAAGAUCGAGAGGCGGAAGAUCAUGGAGCAGUCCCCGGACAUGCACAACGCCGAGAUCUCCAAGCGGCUCGGGAAGCGCUGGAAAAUGUUAAAAGACACCGAAAAGAUCCCGUUCAUCCGGGAGGCGGAGCGGCUCCGGCUCAAGCACAUGGCCGACUACCCGGACUACAAGUACCGGCCCAAGAAGAAGCCCAAGACGGACGGGUGUGCGUUUCCUGCGGGGAAGUCAGCCGCUCAGUCCCCGGAGAAACCCGCAGUCCGAGCCGUGAAUAAGAACUCCUCCGCCGCGAAGAAAUUCUCCAAGUUGAAACCCAACAAGCCGGUGGUGGGUCCCGGCAGGAGCCGCCUCCAGCAGCACCAGCACCCGGACCCCCGGUACCGGUACGUGUUGACCACCAGCUUUAAAACCAGCAAGCUCGUUAAACGGGAGUUCACCGACGACGAGGAGGAUGACGACGACGACGACGAUGAAGAUGACUCCGAGGAAGAGCGGGAUCUCAAGGCGGACGAGGAGGACGAGCCGUCCCGGUACAGCCUCGCCAAGGUUCCGGCCAGCCUGAGUCUGAGCUCCCCCGCCGCCGAACCGGAGGGAGCCGGCAUGUACGAGUCUUCCGGUCGGCUCUUCUACAGCUUCAAGAACAUCACCCGGCAGGGCACCGGUACCGCCUCCUACCCGGCCUCCCGCUCACCCGCAUCCUCGUCCCGGUCCGGCUCCACCUCCUCCUCCUGCUGCGGGGAGGACCUCGAUGAUCUCCCCUCGGAGGGGAACGACUUCGCCUUCAGCCUCCUGGCCGGCUUCCACGCCUCCUCCGAGCCGUGGAACUCGUCUUCCAGCUCGGCCCCGGGGAACCUGAGCUUGUCCCUGGUGGAUAAAGACUUGGACUCGUGCAGCAGCGAGGGCAGCCUCGGGUCCCACUUCGAGUUCCCGGACUACUGCACCCCGGAGCUCAGCGAGAUGAUCGCCGGGGACUGGCUGGAGGCCAACUUCUCGGACCUGGUGUUCACUUAUUGA